UUGUCCAUUCGACAAAUGUAUUCGACAAAUUUUUGUAGCUUUCGAGUGCCCGCUGUAAAGAUGCAAGACAAAAAUCCGUUCAUUCAUCCCGGACAAUUUAUUGUUUACAUGUUAGGAUGUUUACAUCGCGCACACACCACAAGCUGUUUGCAACAUAUUCAGAAAAUGUGUCGACUACGUGUAGUUGACAAUUCGAAGUUGGGCAAGGAAGCCAUGUUAGAGGGUAAACCUCCAAAGGUAAUCCACGUAUACAAUAAUGUUGGUAAAGCUCAGCUGGGCGACAGGGUUCUUCUUGCUAUCAAGGGGGAAAUGAAAAAGGGCAUUCUCGUCGGAGCAAAGUGGAAGAAACAAGAAGUGAUGCGACCUCGUUUUGACUCGAAUAACGUCGUUCUGAUAGACGACACGGGCAAUCCAUUGGGCAACCGGAUUCUGGCGCCUUUGCCUAUGUGUCUACGCGCAAAAAAAGACGAUUUCAAUAAGUUAAUUUCUAUCGCCACUCGAUUCGUAUGAAAUAUUGUCUGAUUUGUAAGCGUUUCAGAGUAUUCUGGGCGAAAUCCAUAUACUACCAAUUUGAUUUAAAUAUAUUUGUCGUCUUAGCUUAUAAAAGUAGUAUUUUACGUUGACACACAGAAUAGGGUUGUGCCCAAGUACAUGAUUCUUUGUAAAUGUAUUCCAGAGGAAAGCAAGCUGUAUUGCGUAAAAUGGAGUAUCGCAUAGUGUAUUUAUCUAGUAGUUUAUUAAAAUAUUUAGGUUAAUUGCUUGAAAACUCUUUAUUACACGAAAUUUGAAGUUCACUAGGAUCGUAUCCUUCAGCCUUGCCUGAUACCUUUUUUUUAUAAUAAAUAUAAUAAAUUAAUGCUUCUCGCUACGGUGGAAAUAAUUACGUGGGCUCUUAGCUGCUGUUAUUAGCAUGAAAGCAGUAGCAAAAAGCGUUUUUCUUUAAUUUUCUUUACGAAUAAUAAUUUUGCUUUGUGAUUAUUUGCACAAAUCGAGAUAUAGUUUGUCCAUAUUUGGACGGAGAAUAGCGAACGAUAACUAAGAGGUCUUUUUUUUUUUAAAGUAGAUUAUUUGUCUACUUUGGUUUCUAGCUUGGAAAAGAAUUGAAUAAAAUUAAAAAAAAAAUAAAGAAUUGAAAUAUAUUAGAAACACAUUACAUUAAAAU